UAUAGUGAUCAUGUGCUCAGUAAUGAAAUGGGGGAAAACAGAUUUGUCUGGAAAGCAGGCAAAGAAAUGGAAAAAGUCAUUACUUUUAUAUUACCAUGUAGAAAACUGAGGGCAUUUGUUUGGGUUGACAGGUCGUCUAAGCAGAGUGCUGCGAAAGAAAAGGACCUGCUGCCUUCUCCCGCUGGGCCUGUUCCUUCAAAAGAGCCGAAGCCAGAGCAUGGCUCUCGGAAGAGGACAGUUAGUCAGUCUUCUUCCUUAAAGUCAAGCAGCAACAGCAACAAGGAGAAUAGUGGCAGCAGCAAGAGUAGUUCCUCUACAUCUAAGCAGAAGAAGACUGAAGGGAAGACUUCCAGUAGCUCCAAGGAGGUUAAGUUGUUAAUGUAGUUAUAUAUUUUUUGGGUCAGGAAAAGGCUUCACAUAGUUCCUCCACCUGUCC